GCAGCGCCCGGCUGCCGCGGGUGCCUCCCCCUAUGGAGCAACCUCGCCAUGGAGCCCCUCACAGAGCUCAGCCAGGAAGGCGCGGGUGGCGGGGAGCCGCCGGGCGGCGGGCCGCUCUGGACCGCAGUCUUCGAGUACGAGGCGUGCGGCGAGGACGAGCUGAGCCUGCGGCCGGGGGACGUGGUGCAGGUGCUGUCCCGGGACUCGCACGUGUCCGGCGACGAGGGUUGGUGGACGGGCAAGAUCGACCAGCGGGUCGGCAUCUUCCGCAACUACGUGAGCAGCGGCGCAGGGGGCGGCACGGAGCUGCGGGCCCGUUACCCGCCACCCCCCGCUAUACAAUUGUUGGAGAUCGACUUCUCAGAGCUUGUUCUGGAAGAAAUCAUUGGCAUAGGGGGUUUUGGAAAAGUGUACCGAGCUGUCUGGGUAGGAGAUGAGGUUGCUGUCAAGGCAGCUCGCUACGACCCCGACGAGGACAUCAGCCAGACCAUUGAGAAUGUCCGCCAAGAGGCCAAGCUCUUUGCCAUGUUAAAGCAUCCCAACAUCAUUGCCCUCAGGGGUGUGUGUUUGAAGGAACCUAAUCUUUGCCUGAUCAUGGAAUUUGCCCGUGGAGGAUCUCUAAAUAGGGUGCUGUCUGGUAAAAGGAUACCUCCUGACAUCCUGGUGAACUGGGCAGUCCAGAUUGCCAGGGGAAUGAACUACCUGCACGAGGAAGCAAUUGUUCCCAUAAUUCACCGUGACCUGAAGUCCAGCAACAUACUGAUACUCGAAAAGGUGGAAAAUGGAGAUCUGAGCAACAAGAUAUUGAAGAUCACGGAUUUCGGCUUGGCCAGGGAAUGGCAUAAAACCACCAAAAUGAGUGCAGCUGGGACAUAUGCCUGGAUGGCUCCCGAGGUCAUCCGCUCCUCCAUGUUCUCCAAAGGCAGCGAUGUCUGGAGUUAUGGUGUGCUGCUCUGGGAGCUGCUGACAGGAGAAGUACCAUUCCGAGGAAUUGAUGGUCUUGCAGUAGCAUACGGUGUUGCCAUGAAUAAACUUGCCCUUCCAAUCCCUUCCACUUGUCCAGAGCCUUUUGCCAAACUCAUGGAAGAUUGUUGGAAUCCUGACCCACACUCACGACCUUCCUUUGCCAGUAUCCUAGACCAUCUUACUGCCAUAGAAGAGUCUGGUUUCUUUGAAAUGCCCAAAGAUUCCUUCCACUCCCUGCAGGAAGACUGGAAACAAGAGAUCCAAGAGAUGUUUGAUCAGCUCAGAGCCAAAGAAAAGGAGCUGCGCACAUGGGAAGAGGAGCUGACUCGUGCUGCUGUGGAGCAGAAGAACCAUGAGGAGUUGCUCCGAAGGAGGGAACAGGAGCUGGCAGAACGUGAGAUAGACAUCCUGGAAAGGGAGCUCAACAUCAUCAUCCACCAGCUGUGUCAGGAGAAGCCUCGGGUGAAGAAACGCAUGGGGAAGUUCAAGAGAAACCGGCUCAAGUUAAAAGAUGGCAACCAUAUCAGCCUCCCUUCAGAUUUCCAGCAUAAAUUCACUGUGCAGGCUUCUCCAACGAUGGAUAAAAGGAAAAGCUUAAUCAGUAGCUGCUCCAGCCCUCCUGCAAGUCCUACCAUUAUUCCCAGACUCAGGGCCAUACAGUUGACUCCUGCUGAAAGCAGUAAAACAUGGGGACGAAGCUCAGUCCUUCCAAAGGAGGAAGGAGAGGAAGAAGAGAAGAGAGGCCAGAAGAAAAAGGGGCGCACCUGGGGACCAAGCUCACUUUGUCACAAGGAACUAGGAGCAGGAGAAGAUGGUUUGAAAGCUCUGGUAGAAGGAUACAAACAAUGGUCAUCCAGUGCACCAAACCUUGGGAAGAUCCAGAGAACUGCACCUGCUUUUCCAGGAUUCACCAGCUUAGCAGAGAUGGAUGAUGAAGACAGCGAAUGUCUGAAUGGAGAGGGAAAAGUGCACCCUUCACCCGGGCACAACCAGUCAUACCUCUGCAUCCCAUUUCAGAAGAAUGAAGACUGGGAGGGUCCUUCUAGUGAUGCCAACGAGGAGGCCACCCCUGUCAACUCUGCUACCAGCACCCCGCAGCUGACACCCACCAACAGCCUCAAGCGUAGUGGCUCCCACCACAAGCGCUGCGAGGUGGCGUUGCUUGGCUGUGGAGCUGUGCUGGCUGCUGCAGGCCUGGGGUUUGACCUCUUAGAAGCAGGGAAGUGUCAGCUGCUGAUUGAGGAGGAGCCAGAGGCACCCAAGGAAGAGAAGAAGAAGCGUGACAGCAUUUUCCAGAGAACGGGACGCCCACGCAGGAGCACCAGUCCACCUUCCCGGAAAAUCUUCAAGAAAGAGGAUCCCAUGUUGUUGCUAGGAGAGCCAUCCACAUCCCUCACCCUUCUGUCCCUGUCUUCCAUUUCCGAAUGUAAUUCCACCCGCUCCCUGCUGCGCUCAGACAGUGAUGAGAUUGUGGUGUAUGAAAUGCCUGUCAGCCCAGUGACAGUCAAGGCUCCCUUGCCAGCCAUUACCAACCCACUUGUCAACGUCCAGAUCGAGAGGUUCAAACAAGACCCCAACCAGUCCCUGACUCCCACACACGUGACAGUCUCAUCCCACACCCAGCAGAGCGGGCACAGGCGCACGCCUUCCGAUGGGGCCAUCAAAGGCAGUGGACUGGUUGUCAAUGGGUGCCCAACCAGUGGAUGCCCUUCCAGUAGUUGUUUAACUGGAGCACUGGGAGCAGGUGUAUUAAAAACACCGAGUCCAAGUAGAGAUCCCAGCGAGGUCCCUCGCCUGCCAGACCCCAACCUUGUUUUUCCUCCGACCCCAAGACGAUGGAAUGCCCAGCAGGACCCCACCCUGGAAAGACCCAAGACAUUGGAAUUCCUUCCCCGGCCACGUCCUGCAGCCAGCAGGCAGCGACUUGAUCCCUGGUGGUUUGUGUCACCCAGCAACACCAAGGGUGAAUCUUCUGCAAACAGUUCGAGUACUGAUACUCCAAGCAAUCUGGACUCCUGUUUUGCCAGUAGCAGCAGCACUGUAGAAGAGAGACCUGCACUGCCUGCACUGCUUCCUUUCCAGGUGGGUCUUCCUGUAGAGGAGAGGACACUGUUGGACAUAGAUGCUGAGGGGCAGAGCCAGGACAGCACCAUUCCGCUAUGCAGAAGUGAACUUGACACACAAAAAGCUGCAGCAUAUGAACUCAAGCAAGAAUUCUGGUCUUAGUAUGAAACCCACUGGGGACGCUGAGCCCCUCUAAAUUCAAUUCUCCUUUUUGCACUGAGAAUGCACUUUGAAGACAGAUGAGAUGGAGGGAUGCUACAGAGAUCAUAUGGUGCUGCCUCUGCUGAAGAUACGUUGUUCAACUGCCUGAUUUUUGUCAGCAGUUGGAUGUAGUUUGGUAACUCAGAGCUGCUGACUUUUGCUGUGGGGUUUUUCUGUAGUCUCCCCUGCCCUGUUAUUGCAGUUUGAAUCUGCAAUCAGAUAAAAUUAUCAUAUCAAAGUCUUUGUUACUGACCUUGUAGGAUUUGGCACUUGCAGUAAGUAUAUUGGUAUCUAUCCUGGUAUUAAUCAGUAUUUUCAAAAUUCAAAUAUUACACUGCAGGAAACACCAGUGUUUGGUGCUUUCCCAAGACAUCUAGGACAGAAACAAGUAAAUAACUAGAGGCUAUGUCCUCUGAAAUGUGUUCAGAUCAUUAAGUAGGCCUGGGAAUCAUGGUACUCCCACUGAAGAAGCAGAAGUAGCUGUCUUAGACUUGCUCAUCCUCCUUUGCUCAAGUGAAUAGUUCAAGGUGGAACAGAUUGCAGAGGAAGGGCUUGGUAUCUCCACUGAUAAAGGUCUUUGAGAACAGGCUGUUGGGAACAAGUAGAUGUAGUUGAUCCUGGCUUCAGGGCAGGUUGGAUGGGCUUCAGUGAUCUUUUGAGGUCCCUCUCAAUCCUGUCUUUCUUGGACCCUCUGCUUUCAAAAACCUGAAGGCUUAUGGUAUGGCUGUUUACUCUAGUUUGCUUUUUUUGUUCCAAAUUUUGAGUCCAUCUCCUUCCUUUUCCCACCCCCUGUGUACCAGGCUCAUGGUCAAGCUGCCACAGCUUUGGGAAGGGGCUCUGCAGGAACUCUUUACUUAAAGUUGUGUUGGCUUGCAGAAGUUACGUAUACCCUCACUCUCUUUUUUCUUCCUGUUUUUCUUCCUUUCUUAAGCUUUUUAGGAGUGGCUGUUGAAACCCAGGACUGUUCUUACACACACUGUUUAAGGCUCUUUUGAAAUGGAGGCUUACGUUGUUAGUAGUUGGAUUGUGUAAACAGGAAUCAGAACAUCUGGAUUCUUUUUUUAUGUUGUCACUGACUCACUGUGUGACCUUGGGCAAAUAAUGUAACCUCUGUGCCUGAAUUUCCCCAUCUGUAAAUAAUAGGGAUAAUACCUACCUCACAGGGGGAGGGGGUUGGGACAGGUGUAAUAGGUAGAAAGUCCUUUUGAGUGUAAGGCACUCUAGACAUGUAAAACAUGAUUCUUGUUCAAGUGUGUAAAAAAUCCUAACUCUGGAGCAAGAACAGACCCCUGGUUUGAAGGAGAAGUCACACACAAAUGAAGUGUGCCUAUGCUUACAGUUUUCUGUAUGGUCUGCAAGUGUGCCUGUGCCUCUGCAGAUGUCUCUUACUGGCUUUAAGGAGAGCUUCACCCUUCCCCAGUUUUGGCAUUAUAAAUAAGGGAUGUGGCCUUGGUAUGAGUGUAAUAGCAUAGUCUGCUUUAAAGCAGGGUAUGCAGUAUAUUUAACUCUUUUUGUAGAGAACUGUGCUCAUUUUGGUAAUCUACUGACCAUUUGGGUGCAAAUAACUGGUUUGGGAGUGCUGCCAAUGCAGUGUACAACCUGUUAGGGCAGCCCAAUCCUGUUGUGAAGGCCCUGUAGCUGAAUACUUUGCAGCUGUCAGCACAGAGAACCUGUGUGUCCAGGUGUUUGUAACCUAAUGAUAAAACCCAGCAUGUGUCAGGAAGUACUGUGCUUAGGGUUUUUUACUUCUGUUUGAGGGCUAAUGGUUUUGUGCUGACAGUAGUCAAGGUCACUGUUUUUUUUUUCCAAGCAAUUACAGUGUGGUUUCAUGUAGAAGGGUCACACAUUUCUUGUUUAUCACAUUCCAUGGAACACGUUUAAUGGCAGGAUUACUUUUUGCUGCCCUCCCCACUGAAUGCUGCAGAGCUAGCCUUAAUGAUGCUACACUGGCUGCUGAAGCUGAACAGACUGUUGACUGUGUAGGGAAGGUAUUCUAGUGUCAGGCUUUUUUUUAAUUUUUAUUUUAAAAAGAAAAAUUGCAUUUCUGACCUUUUGUUAAAUGUAGACCUUUAAUGAUUUCUUAAGCAUUCAUUCUUUUGCUUUACAUGUCUGAAAACUCAGUUUGUGAUCCCAAGACUGAAAACCAGACAAAACCCACCCAAAUGGAUGGUUAAUUUUGAUUGUGCUGUAGAAAAAAAACCUCAAGGAAAGACCAAUCAGAGGCUCUAUUGAGGGACUUAAAAGCAGGAAAUUAAAAGCAUCUCUUUUUCAUAGUCUCCCUUACCAGUUCAAAAACUCCGAAACAAAACUGGAUCAGCUGUUCCAAAAUGCAAUGGUUUCUAUCCCAAAAGUGUCAUUACAAAUGUCAUAGGAAGCAUCUGCUCUGCAAAGACAUCCUGUGGAAUUUGAAAAGAAAAAUAUUAAUUUACUUACAUGGAAUGGAAGGUUACCUCUCUAGGUCAAAUUGUUUAAACUUAGCCCACUAAACUUUCUGAUGAUUGGCUUAUUGCUUUCAGCAGGUGAACCGCAAGGUUUCUGUCAAGUUGUCAGCUGUAAAACCAGGUUGCUCUGUCAUCUUUUUUCCUUAUUAAAGUUGAGGAUGAACUAUCAAACCCCCCUGCCCCUUCUCUUCCUUUUAGAUAACCACUUGGCAGAGGUGCUGUGAAAUAUUAGGAAUAUUUUUCUCCAAAAACCAUGUUCCCUAACACCAAAUGGACAUUGGUACAUCAAAGGAGCUGGGUAGGACAGGUGACAAGGAGUCAGGAUGCAAACCAGGGUUUCCAACUUAGAUAUUGUCUAUUGCAAAGAGACAGAAACACUAGGUAGAAGUAUAAUGUUUGGCUUUUUUUUUUUUUUAAUACUUAGAUGCAAUCAUUUUCAUUGAAUUCAGCAUGUGAAAUAAAAGCAGGCACUCAUUAAGCAUCAACCCAUAGCUGUCCUCCACUUGGGAGCCCUGUGGCUAACCUGAGGUGUCAGGCAAGAGGAAUCUGUUGUAGAACCCAGGCUAUUGGCUUUAGCAGGUGCUGGGGUAUUCCCUGGCAGGCAGAGGGGGCUCUCAAGGCAAACAGUUGUCAGGUGUUUUACCUUAUGCUUAUGUUCCAGAACUUCUGGAACUGGUGUCCUGAGGCCCAGAGGCAAUACACAUUUAACCUCUUAACCUCUCCCUAUAUCUCUCUCUCCCACCCUGGCUUGGUUUUCUGCCUUUCUUAAUCUGUUGGUUUCUUUUCUUCCCAGUUGAGGGAGGUGCUCCAGAUUUCGAUAGCAGUGCUUCAGAGUAUUCCCCUGGAUACUGAGAAUAUGAGCCCAUCAGCAGAUCUUCUACUUGUUACCAGUAUUCCCAUUUAUCAGGGAGUCAAAACUUCCAGAUAUUACUGGUUGACAUACCUUUCUAACAGUCUUCUUGAGGAAGAUGGUGAAAAACUUGCUAUAAAAAUGUAAAAUUCUUGUUUCCUAAAGAUCUGAAAAAGUUACUUUUUUUUUU